CAUAUCGCGUUUUCAAUGGCAGGCUUUAAACAGUGUGAAGCGAAUCCAGAUGCAAAACGACUUUAUGACGAUUUACUGAGUAAUUAUAAUCGUUUAAUUCGUCCGGUAAUUAAUAACACCGAAACAUUAACAGUAUGGUUAAAUUUAAAGUUAUCACAAUUAAUAGAAGUAAAUUUAAAGAAUCAAGUAAUGACCACAAAUUUAUGGGUGGAACAGAAAUGGUUCGAUUAUAAAUUACGUUGGGAUCCAGAAGAAUAUGGUGGUGUGGAAAUGUUAUAUGUUCCAUCGGAACAUAUUUGGCUUCCAGAUAUUGUUUUAUAUAAUAAUGCUGAUGGAAAUUAUGAAGUAACAUUAAUGACAAAAGCAACAUUGAAAUAUAAUGGGGAAGUUUUAUGGAAACCUCCAGCAAUUUAUAAAUCAUCAUGUGAAAUAAAUGUGGAAUAUUUUCCAUUCGAUGAACAAAUUUGUAUGAUGAAAUUUGGAUCUUGGACAUAUAACGGAAUUCAGGUGGAUUUAAAACAUAUGCAACAAAUAGCUGGAAGUAACGUUGUUAAAAUUGGUAUUGAUUUAAGUGAGUUUUAUUUGUCUGUGGAAUGGGAUAUUCUAGAAGUACCUGCAAGUCGUAAUGAGGAAUAUUAUCCAUGUUGUGCUGAACCAUAUUCUGAUAUAACAUUUAAGAUAACAAUGCGUCGUAAAACAUUAUUUUAUACAGUAAAUUUAAUAAUACCAUGCGUUGGUAUAACAUUUUUAACAGUAUUAGUAUUUUAUUUACCAUCGGAUUCAGGGGAGAAGGUUACAUUAUGUAUAUCAAUAUUACUGUCAUUGACCGUAUUCUUCCUGUUAUUAGCGGAAAUCAUUCCACCCACUUCAUUGGCUGUACCAUUACUUGGAAAAUAUUUAUUAUUUACAAUGAUAUUAGUUACAUCAUCUAUAUGGGUUACUGUAUGUGUUUUAAAUGUUUACUUUAGAUCUCCAUCAACGCAUAAUAUGUCUCCAUGGGUGCGAAAAGUGUUCUUAGAAUUUAUGCCACGCGUAUUAAUAAUGCGUCGGACAAAAUAUUCACUGCCUGAAUACGACGAUACCUUAAAUACAAAUGGUUUCAUAAACGAUGUAGAUUUACAAAUGAAUGAACCUUUUACUGCUGAUUUUAAAAUAACAAGUAGUGAACCAAGUUUUGUUUUGCAAAAUAGUCAAGACCAAGAAGAUGGUAAAUUAAAAGCACAUUCGUCAGUUACGGAUUCUAGUAAUAUGACCCCAAGAACGCCAUCCACAAAUGUUUUAUCAGCUUUGCAAGGUGUGCGAUUUAUUGCACAGCACAUCAAAGAUGCUGAUAAAGAUAACGAGGUCGUUGAAGAUUGGAAAUAUGUAUCAAUGGUACUAGAUCGAUUCUUUUUAUGGGUAUUCACUUUAGCAUGUAUUGUGGGUACAUGUGGAAUUAUAUUCCAAGCACCUAGUUUAUACGAUAAACGUGAUCCAAUUGAUCAAUUAUUAUCUGAGCGAAAAACCUUUCAACAAUCGAUACCUACACCAUCUGCUUUACCAUAUCAUUUACCGUAAAUUUUUUGUCGUACAACGAUAAUCGUUAAUUCAAGCAUAGAUCCAGAGAAGAGUAAUCCAACCAAUUAUCUACACCAAAACAUAAGGAUCAGCUUAUCAGCUUGAUUAACUAUAAUGUAGUUGGAUAGCUAUUGGUAGCCAGAAUGAAAUAUUUCAAUAUAUUUUUUGGAAUUUUCUUGAUUAUUUCAAAGGAAAAAGAAAUUGCAAAAGAAAUUUUUGUCUCCGUUUGGGAAAAAAUACAAAAAUUCCACUGACGAUUAGUUUUUAAGAUAACUAAUAAAAUUUUAUAGCGGGCGGUUACAAAACUAACCGCCCAAUCACAAAAUCAACAAGAUUUUCCAAGAAUAUUUAGGACUCGUAAAAAUUGAGUUUUUUCAGCUGUCUUCAACAUCGGUCUGAAACAAACAAAUUUUCUGAAU